AAGGAAUGGAGGACAAAGAAUCCUUGUGGUUGAUGCAACUUGUUGAGAUCAAGGCUAAGCUGAGCGUGAAGGAGUUUGAGGCAAGAUGGAUUGGUUGGGCUGGUGUUAAUGUCCCGGAUGAGAUUGGCCAGAAGGCACUUACUAGAGCUUUGGCUGAAAAGAGGUGCAUACCAGUAUUCCUUGAUGAAGAGAUUGUUCAUCAAUAUUAUAAUGGCUACUGCAACAACAUGUUAUGGCCUCUUUUUCAUUAUCUUGGACUUCCACAAGAAGAUCGGCUUGCCACAACUAGAAGUUUUCAGUCUCAAUUUGCUGCAUAUAAGAAGGCUAAUCAAAUGUUUGCUGAUGUAGUGAAUAAGCACUAUGAAGAGGGUGAUGUUGUUUGGUGCCAUGAUUACCAUCUAAUGUUCCUCCCGAAGUGCUUAAAAGAACACAAUAGUAAUAUGAAAGUUGGUUGGUUUCUCCACACACCCUUUCCUUCUUCUGAAAUCCAUAGGACACUUCCAUCUAGAUCAGAGCUACUGCGUUCAGUUCUUGCUGCUGAUUUAGUCGGAUUUCACACCUAUGACUAUGCAAGGCAUUUUGUUAGUUCUUGUACUCGUAUUCUUGAACUGGAGGGCACACCUGAAGGAGUUGAGGAUCAAGGGAGGCUGACUCGAGUUGCUGCUUUCCCUAUAGGGAUAGAUUCUGAUCGUUUCAUAAGAGCACUAGAGGCCCCGCAAGUCCAGGAUCAUAUCAAAGAUUUGAAAGAAAGAUUUGCUGGCCGAAAGGUAAUGUUAGGUGUUGAUCGCCUUGAUAUGAUUAAAGGAAUUCCACAAAAGAUACUUGCAUUUGAAAAAUUUCUUGAGGAAAACUCUCUUUGGCGUGAUAAAGUUGUUCUGCUGCAGAUUGCAGUGCCAACACGUACUGAUGUUCCUGAGUAUCAAAAACUUACAAGUCAAGUUCAUGAAAUUGUUGGGCGCAUAAAUGGUAGAUUUGGAACAUUGACUGCUGUUCCAAUACAUCAUUUGGAUCGCUCUCUUGACUUUCAUGCCUUGUGUGCAGUGUAUGCUGUUACCGAUGUUGCACUUGUAACUUCUUUGAGGGAUGGAAUGAAUCUUGUCAGUUAUGAAUUUGUGGCAUGCCAAGAUUCAAAGAAAGGCGUUCUCAUUCUUAGUGAGUUUGCAGGAGCAGCACAGUCUCUGGGUGCUGGAGCGAUCCUUGUGAACCCUUGGAAUAUCACCGAAGUUGCUGAUUCGAUACGCCAAGCUUUGACUAUGUCAUGUGAGGAGAGGGAGAAGCGACAUCGGCAUAAUUUUACACAUGUGACAACCCACACUGCUCAAGAAUGGGCUGAAACUUUUGUGAGUGAACUAAAUGAUACAGUAAUUGAGGCUCAGCUAAGGACAAGGCAAGUUCCACCUAUUCUUCCAGAAGAAGAUGCAAUUAAACGUUAUCUGCAGUCUAAUAAUCGGUUGCUCUUACUGGGAUUCAAUGCAACAUUGACUGAACCAGUAGACACUGCACGGAGAAGAGUUGAUCAAAUUAAAGAAAUGGAACUUAAGUUGCACCCAGAGUUGAAAGAAAUAUUGGUAGCACUAUGCAGUGAUCCAAAGACAACCAUUGUUGUUCUAAGUGGGAGUGACAGAAAUGUCUUAGAUGAGAACUUCGGUGAGUUUGACAUGUGGUUGGCAGCAGAACAUGGAAUGUUUUUACGCCUUACCAAGGGAGAAUGGAUGACAACAAUGCCAGAACACUCAAACAUGGAAUGGGUUGACAGUGUGAAGCAUGUUUUUGAGUACUUCACAGAACGGACACCCAGAUCACAUUUUGAACUUCGUGAAACAUCACUUGUGUGGAAUUACAAGUAUGCAGAUGUUGAAUUUGGAAGACUUCAAGCUAGGGAUAUGUUGCAGCAUCUCUGGACAGGCCCAAUUUCUAAUGCAUCUGUUGAUGUCGUCCAAGGUAGCCGAUCAGUUGAGGUUAGAGCAGUUGGUGUUACAAAGGGUGCUGCUAUUGAUAGAAUACUGGGAGAGAUUGUUCACAGUAAAUCCAUGACAUCACCAAUUGAUUAUGUCCUGUGUAUUGGGCAUUUUCUGGCAAAGGAUGAAGAUGUGUACACCUUCUUUGAGCCAGUGCUACCUUCUGAUGGCGUAGGUAUUGCAAGAACCAAGCAAACUGAUGGCUUAAAGUCACCAGGGGAAAGGCGUCCUUCUUUGAAGCUUCCAGCUAGUAGAAGUGGUUCAAAAUCAUCUCAAGGUAAGACACAACGACCUUCCUCAAAUCCUGACAAGAAACUUACCAACCAUAGCAGUGGGGGUGGUCGGCGGCAGUCACCGGAAAAGAUUUCAUGGAAUGUUCUUGAUCUCAAGGGAGAUAAUUAUUUCUCCUGUGCUGUUGGGCGAACCCGAACAAAUGCUCGCUAUCAACUACAAUCAUCUGAUGAUGUCGUAUCUUUUCUAAAGAAACUAGCCAAUGCAUCUUCUUGAGACAAAUGUUGCCAGUUACAAGAUUCUCAUCUCCCGUUUGCAGUGAUGCAUCCUCUCAUUCAGAAACCGAAAGUUUCGAGAACCAGGCUUUGGAUUUUGAAAGCAUAUCAGGCAACAGAGAGAGUGCUUUUAGAUGUGAAUGGUGUAGCAUCACUAAUUAUUCUAUGCCUACCAAAACAGGAACCUUGGUUUCACUUAAUUGAAAGCAUAAAAUUGAGAGAUUAGAAUAGAACAGGAUCAAACCACAGUAAAGUUCUUUGGUGAAAGAUCCAUAGUCUAAUGCUAGUUACUUAAAUUAUGUUAACAUGGGGAUUUCUGCUUAUAUUCUCUUAGCAAAAUGUUUUUAUAUCUGUGCCCUUGGGCCAUUAGAAGGUGUUUCAGAAGUCACCAGGCACCAGCCCCUAUGUCUAUAAGAUGCACCAGAGUAUGCAUUUCUACUUUGGAGGCCAAGCAAUAUCUAUAUGUUGAAUUUUCUAA